AUGCACCACCCCAGGCCACCCCGCCGUCCCGCCCCCAAAAAACACCACGCUCACCAACUCCCCCGUGCCCCGGUUCCACCACACCCGCUGAUAGCCCCCCACGCCGCGCGAUCCCGCCAGCGCCCCCGCCGUGACGUGCUGCGCGCGGUGCGCGGGCGGCAGCGAUUCGUACGCAUCCCACGACUCCCAGGUGGUGGGGUCCGCGGUGAGGCGUUGGACGAGGGGGAGCUGGGAGGCUUGUUCGUGGAGAACCCGGAUGGUGUAGGCGUCUUCGGGGGUGCCGGGGGUGGGCGGGGAGGGGGGGGAGAGGAUCAGGCGCAGGGAGGAGUCGCUGAGGGCGCCGGCCAGGGUGAAGAGGAGGGCGAGGAUGAGGCGUGGGGCGAGGCGGGCUCUGUUAAAUCUGAUAACUACGCGUUCGGAACCGCCAUGGAACGACUAAUUGCUGUGUGCUUGUCCCACCGAGACCACUUCUCCGAAGGACACAUGCGGCAGGUUUUUGGCUACGAGGCUUACCACUGGGGCAUCAUGAUCACGCCCGAGGCCAGCCAGGGACAAGACUGCGACAUCUUUGACGCCACCGACGCAACCGAGAUCGACCCUGUCACCUUUCGAAUGCGUAACCCUACCAUGGACUGGUGGUUCCGGGACCAGAAAGACGUCGACCCUGCUCUCAGUGCGAAGCUCAUCGGGCGUAUCAUCAUUGGGCGGGUACCGGACGAGGUAUCGCGCGAUGAGGUUUGGCACGUUUUCAAGAAUGUUCCUCUGCCAGUCAGAAAUCGGGACCCGCAGCAGAGUUGCGUGACGUGGGCCGUGAACGCCAUUUUGGCCCUCCAAGCGCUAGGUUGGGUACGGAAGUUCGAAAUCGAUCAGUUUAAAGACUGGGCGCUCUCAUAUGCCGAUAUGAGGAUGAAACAGCGACCGGGUUCGAGUGAAGACGAAGUGACGCACUACGCUGUCGAAAAUUAA